CACCCAAAGUUCCUCAAAGUCAAAUAUUGAGCUCUUUCACCACCACGGCAGUCAUGUCUAGACUACUGCUGCUCUCAGCAGCAGCCGUGCUUCUUUCCACCGUAACCGCAUUCCCGACGCCACCAAACGAGUUUUCCGGGCGGGGAAAGAUUUGGGUGCUGAACAGCACCGACCUGUUGGACGCGUUGCCGAGCGACAGGAUCGGGUGCCUCGACGCGCACGGAGCCCUCACGUUCAACCGCUGCGCCGUCUUCACGCAGCUCGACCAGGCACCGCACACGCUGUCAUCGCGCAUCGGCAGCUGCGGCUUCCGCGACGAGAACAUGCCCACCAACAAGGACAGCUACUACGGCAGGGACUCGCACGCCUGGGCCUGCCAGCCCGGUGAUGCCGCCGUCAGAUCGCCGCCAGACGAGAAUUACUACACCCUUGUAAGCAGCCCCCGACUCCAAGCUUGUCUUGCCGUAUGCUCCCAGGACAGAUGCUGACUUGUGACUGCUCGUGCCGCCAGAACGGGCUCCCAUACCCCUUCAUCUGCAACGGCAACAUCAACUGCAUCUACGAGAUCAAGACGGUGCCGUCGCGCGAAGACGAUAGCGCGCCGGUGUGGCAGUAUUACUGGGGCAGCAAAGAUAUGCAGGUUGCGCCAGGGCACUUGCGGACCAUUUGGCUCUGGGUGCCCGUGGCCUCGCCGAAUACCGCCGAAG